AGCAAAUCCAUGAGAGUUUAUGCUCAAAGUGGACAAUAUCAUACCAUUGUGGAGAGUUGUGAUUCUUAACAACCUCAUGGUUUGCAACUCGAUGGUUGAUGCUUAUUGCAAAACCUGUUGCUUUUAUUUAGCUUGCCAGCUCUCCAAGCAAAUGAUAAUUUAAGACACAGUGACCUUCAGUGCCUUAAUGACAGAUUAUUCAAAUGAGGGGUUGAUGGAAGAAGCAAUCAAAUUCUGUGUCGUGUAGUGCUUUAAUCUUAGCUUAUGCACAAAAUAUCAUUUCAGCAGAUGAUUCAGUCACUGUGGUUUUGUUGAAGAAGCUCUUUGGCACUUCAAUUCCAUGACUCAAAUUUAUGAAGUCACUCCAAAGAGGGAACACUAUGCAUCGAUGGUUGAUGUAUUGUGUCAAAAUAGAGGAUUUGAUGAAGCCGAGAAGUUGAUGGCCCAAAUGCCAUUUGAGUCUGAUGUGAUUAUGUGGUUUAACUCAUGCAGAAGUCAUAAGAAUCAUAAGUUGACUAAGGAAGCAGCGAAUCAGCUUUUUAAUAUGGAAGAGUUUCGAGAUGCUUGUCGUUAUAUCAACCUGUCUAAUAUUUAUGCUGUAGCUGGUCAGUGGGACAAUGUUUCAAAGGUCAAGAAGGUGAUGAGGGACCGAGGGGUUAGUAAGGUCCCAGCCUAUAGUUGGGUUGGAAUCAAACAUCAGACUCAUGUAUUCUCAGCGACUGAUAAAUCACAUCCCCCGACGAAGAAGAUUUUGGGGAAGAUUGAUGCAUUGACGAUGCAGAUGGAUAAGAAAGGAUAUAAACCAGACAUAACUUGGGCCCUUCAUGACAUGGAUAAGGAUAUCACCAUUGAGUUUCUUUAAUACCGCAGCAGAUGCUUAUCAAUUGCAUUUGCUCUACUCGACACACCAGACGGGUCACCAAUAGUUUUAAUGAAAAAUUUGUGAGCGCGAGACUAUCAUGCUGCAAAUUGCAAUCAAGGUGAUCUCACAGAUUGUUAUAAGGGAAAUUACUGUAGAGAUUUGAGUAGGAUUGAUCAUUUUAAAGAUGGUUUUUGCUCCUGUAAGGAUUAUUGUUGACCAUAAAAUCUCUAGAUGAACAGUCUAGAUUGUCGUCAAAACAAUCAAUUUAUGCAAUCAUUCUACAGACAAACGUAGAGCUGCUUAUCUACGGUAAGUGUUGUUUCCUCAUGCUGUGUUAUUGAAAAAUUCCAUUUAAUUGGUUGGUUGAGAAAAGUUUGUAAGAUGGUACUCUUAACAAUUUAUCCAUCAACUGAUUCUUCAUAUAAGCUUAAGGUUUUGUUUCAUUUGA